AUGAAGAGCUGGUAGGUGCUGAGCUCUCCUCUAAGCGGCAGCGCAGCACAGCAGACGGGAAGCCUCUCCCGGACAAAUGGCGUCCCUCCAGUGCGAAGCAGCUGAUUUCCUACCGAGCACGGCAGCAGGAACGACGGAGAGGGCCUGAUCCCAGGCGCUGCAGGCGACAGUAGCAGGUCAAAUGUUUCCAGCCCGCCGUUGGAGGGACACAUAAUGAAUAUGGGCAUCACCCCUUCAGAGAUAUCCUCCUCCUCCUCUUCCUCUUCUUCCUCCGCCUGACUGGUUGGCCGCCUCUUCGUUAAUCCAAUUCAGGAGAUCAUCUUUUCAACCUUUCCUGAGGUUACACCAUCAAGACGGCGUUAUCUCAGAAAGCCAGCUCUGUGGCAGUGAAGAUGACCACGGCACGGUACCGUCCCACCUGGGAGCUGGCCGUGGACCCUCUGGUCUCGUGUAAGCUGUGCCUUGGAGAGUUCCCUCUGGAGCAGAUGACCACCAUAACACAGUGCCAAUGUGUCUUCUGUACACUGUGCCUGAAGCAGUAUGUGGAACUCCUGAUUAAAGAAGGCCUUGAAACUGCAAUUAGCUGUCCAGACUCUGCCUGUCCCAAAAGAGGACACUUGCAGGAAAAUGAGAUUGAGUGCAUGGUGGCCACGGAGAUGAUGCAGAGAUACAAGAAGCUCCAGUUUGAAAGGGAGGUGCUGCUGGACCCGUGCCGGACAUGGUGCCCUUCCUCGACCUGCCAGGCAGUGUGCCAGCUAAAGGAGUCAGAUUCUCCAGCGCUGCCCCAGCUGGUCCAGUGCGCCGUCUGUGCCCUGGAGUUCUGCUCGGCCUGCAAGGCCAACUGGCACCCCGGGCAGGCCUGCCAGGAGAACAACCUGCCCAUUACCUCCUUCCUACCAGGAGAAAACAGCUCUUUCUAUAAGAAUGAAGAGGAUGAUGCACCAAUCAAGCGCUGUCCUAAAUGUAAAGUUUACAUCGAGAGGGACGAGGGCUGCGCACAGAUGAUGUGCAAGAACUGCAAACAUGCCUUCUGCUGGUACUGUCUGGAGUCCCUGGAUGAUGACUUUCUCCUGAUCCACUAUGACAAAGGGCCCUGUCGAAACAAACUGGGCCACUCUAGGGCAUCUGUUAUCUGGCACAGAACACAGGUUGUGGGGAUCUUUGCUGGCUUUGGCCUGCUCCUGCUGGUUGCCUCCCCCUUCCUGCUUUUGGCCACUCCUAUCGUCCUCUGUUGCAAGUGCAAGUGCAGCAAAGGUGAUGACGACCCUUUGCCAACCUAAACCCAUAAGAGCCGGAGUGGAGAGCUGCUCCAAGGAUGGGCCAUCUGUUUUUUCCUUUUCACCCCUUUACAUUCUUUUCCUCCCACCAGCUUUGAGUGCUUCAUGUUUUGGGCUGAGCCUGCACCAGCCCCCGGCCGCUUUGGGAUCCAUUGCUCUGCAUGAGAGAGGCAUGGUAGAAAAGCGACCCCACACCUUGGCCAGAAGAGAGAUGCAGGGUCAAAGGUCAGAGGAGGUCAGACAUAUCUAAGGACCACUGUGUCUGUUUGUGUAAGACGUUGGUGGUUUGGGGAUGUGAAGGAAGACUGGGCCACUUUAAGUGGCCUUACUGUGGGUUACUGUGGUGUGGUAUUUUGGCGAGUCAUUGCAAAUGAAAAAUCUAUGUUAAGAAACGCUUUUCUCUUGUAUGGACAAUAUCAUGCAGGAGCCACCUUAGGAAAAAAAAAAGUUUCCUUUUUUUUUUCUUUUUUGCUCAGUUUUGUCGGUUUGUCGUACGCAACAAAAGCUUUUUUUUUCCACCACUACACCUGAUGUAGCUCUACAGAUUCAGUCAGUAGCAUUAGAGUUACACCACGCAUGUUUGGUGUUCACUCGGUUUGCACACAGAACGUGUCUUCUUUGUCAUGUUCAUGACUGAGGUAGAGAUGGGAGACUGUUGUCACUCUCAACUCAAUGUACAGCACGUCCUCUUGAUGAUGUCAAUGUUUUAUAACCUGUCGCUUUUAAUAGAACUGUGCUCAGAGUUGUGUCUAUAUGUUGUACUUUUGAGUGUUUUCCAAACUGUUAGGUACACGUAUUAAAGGGGACUGCCACUCGAAUCUAAAAUUGCUCUUAUUUUCUGUGGUCAGGUUUUUGUUAACUAUCAGCCUAUGUUUUAUUUCCAGAUUUUCUUUUCGGAAUUAUUGUCUCCAUCUCUCCUAAUCCAUUUGCUUUGACAGACCUUCAGAAGUUAUACACUGGAUUCAUCUUUUUAAGAAAGAUUGUAAUUGUGUCACAGAUUUUCAUGAUCCUAGAUCCAGAAGUUUCCCUAAUUGAGUGGUGCUCCCCUUUAAGUUGAGCAUUGAUUUUAAAGUCUGUCUGAGGACUUUGUAUCCACAUGUUGUGGAACCAUUUUAAUACUUCACCAAAAGAGAUGUCACUCCUCUAAUUCUCAGUCCCCAUGUGGUGGUUUUAGCCAAAUAGCAGUGAAUAGCCUUAAAUUGAGAAUAGCCAAAAUCAGGCAUUUCCCCCUGUGCUUUAAAAAGAGUUCAAAGUCAAGGUCCAAAUACUCCCAGGGAAAGCAUGUUUAAAGGCGUUUUUAAAGCAUAAUAGAGUGUCAGUGAAGCCCUUUAUAUUCAGAUGAUUCUAUGAUGUCAUCCAUAUGCCACACUGUUAAUAGCCAUACUGUUAAAAAAAAAGAAGGAAAAAAACCCAGUUGUCCUCAACUGAUGUUCUGUGUGACCUAGGGCUUGUAUUUCCUAAGCCUCUUUGAGCAGGAGUGCUGAUCAACAUCCAUCCAAACAUUUGAAACUUAACUCAGAUCAGAUCUCCAACUCUUUGAGACUUAACAAAUACCUGCUGGCCCAAAUUGCAAACUUGCAUACGUUAGUGGUCCAAGUGUUGAUGUUUCGUUUUGUUGGUAGGUAGACCUCCAACAACAAGCAGCUAUUCCUCGCAGGGACGUGAGAUAUGCCUAUAGAGUAAAUAUAAAAGAAUGUUCCAUUUUUGGGCACAUAAUUAUGAAGCUGCUCUAUACUAUAUCACUUUAUCUAUGCAAGUUUGUACAUUACCAUUCUUAAAAGGCGAUCGAUCAGUCAUAAUCAGCUGUAUGUCAUGGGCGGGAUUCUGCAGUGAAAGCUGCAGAAUGUCAUGAUACAUGUGCAUAUCAUGGCUUUUAUUUAAUCAGGGAAUUGUUCAGACACUAUCCAUUUUACUUUCAUCAUCUUCGUUGCUGUUAUCUGUCUUCUAGCUGUAUUUUCUAGCUUGAAAUCCUGGACAGAAUUUGGCCAUUUUUCAUCCAUUAAUGUUUUUUGAUGUUUGUUUGUUUGUUUGUUUUUUUGUUUUUGUUUUUUUUUUUUUUGGGGGGGGGGGGUCCAUCUUAUUUUAUUUUUCUUUUUUUUUCCUGAACAACUCCACUAAAACUGCUCUUUCAUGUUGCGUCUGUUAAAGGGAAGAAAGGUGAACUUAUUUGCUUAUAAACAGAUUAUUGAGUUUUGCUACCAUGCAAAACAAUUCCAAUGUUUUCAAUAAGCCAUUGACUUUAUCCCUUUUCCUGGUGUAAUUCACCGGUGUUCAUGUAGCAUUUGAUGAAACGCAUGGCUACAGUUACCAAAAAAAAAGGUGGUCAGUCGUUACCAACAGUAGCUAAUCUAAGCUAAAAGUAGCUAAUCAUCUGCAACUCCCUCCUGUCCUCAUAAAUUUAGAUAUUCCACAAUAAUCCUUUUUAUUAGUAGCCUUAAAUUUUGAGUACUUUACCUGUAGCCUGUGUUGCUUUCACUGACCUCACCUACUGUAUGAACAUGAUGAUUUGAUAUCAAAGCCAGUCCAAUUUUCUACUUUUAAAGUUUAGUCGCUAAACCCUAGGCUAAUUUAAUUCCAAAAGCUUUUGUUGUUUUCAUGACAAUCGUGCCAAGCAGAUUUCCUGGAAGGGAUAAGGAAACAGAGCUGUCUACUGUAUGUGCAUUUUGACCAUGUAUUUGUAAUGUAUUAACAGUUUUUACAGGGUGGAAAACAUUUUAAUGCUUCUUUAUGUAAGCGCUGCACUGUAUAUGGGUUUCAUUGUUUUACUUCUUGAUAUGAUCUGUGAUGUGUCUGGUAUGGUGCCGGCUGUGUUUAGCGGAGGAGCUGAAAUCAAUGUCAACUCAACGGAAAAGAUAUGAGAGAUUGCAACUGUACUUUUUAAGGGUUUUCACAGUUUUAUCUAGCAGGGGUCUGAUAUCAACAGGAUAAAAAUGAAUUGAAAAUAUUUUAAUUUAAACAAAAAAAUAUCAAAGUCUUGAGCAGGCACAAACUAACAAAAGUCAAAUAAAAUCAUGGCUUCUUCCAAUUUUUACACAACUUUCUUCUUGACCUUUAUCUUUGCUGGCACCACUGAACAGAUAGAUACUGUAUUAUGCAACAAACACAAAAGGGCCAAACAGCAUACAUUACAAUCACUGCAGUGUCACGUUGCUUAAUUACUCAUUUUCUGGGGCCAGAAGAGGUUUGUCAGGGCUCCAUUUUAAAGGUUUAUAAAAUCACUUAACAUCAGCACAGGUGUUGGAAUAGGGCAGUUUGGCUGAGUUAGAGGCCUGCCUCUGAUAUUUGGCCCUUGAUUGGUAAGUAAGGUAAAGUUUAUUUUACAAAGGCUCUAAUUUGCAACAAUCCUAAAAUCGAGUUUGGUUACCUGCAGCAAUUUAUAUUUUAUAACCUGUUGUGUCAAGAGAUGAAGCUGCAUGAUUUUUCUCUGACUUCUACAUGUGAAAUAUUACUAUAUUGUAGCCUCUAAAGAUCUUUGGAAUGGUAGCGUUGUCACCUUUUCAACCAAACUGUCCUUUUAUUUUACUUCCUUUUUUUUUUUCAGACAUGCCUGUGUUACAUCAUAGUUGUUGUAUUUACAUUAUCUUUUUUAAGGGUGAAAUUCUUCAGGCCUGAUUGGUCAAUUAAAUUUCAAUCAGUCACCUCAGUCCAGUGGAUUAUUGUCAGAGGAAACGCUGUCUGUACACAAGGCUUCUGUGUUUAGACACGGUAAACAAUAUCUCUAGUUUAAUCAGUAAUUGAAAGUUAAUUGACCUGGCUGACAACAAAGAAAUCAACAUUCUCAAAUGGCAUAUUUGGAUCAGUUCUGUACAACUUUAGACUCGGCAUCUCAGUAUAUCUCCAGUUCCACUAACACUGUGACACCAGGUAUUAAAGGUUGAUGUUUUUUGUGA